AUGAGAAAGGGAAGAAGUGACGCGCCGCGGGUGUACACCCCACAGGAUCUGCAGCAGCAGCAGCAGCAGCAGCAGCAUCAACAUCAGCAGCAACAGCAGCACCAACAGCGUCAACAGCAGCGUCAGCAGCGUUUGCUGCGUCAACAGCAGCAGCAGCAGCAACAACGGGAAGAGCAAGAACAGCAGCAGCAGCAGCAGCAGCAGCAGGUGCAGCAUGCCCAGACAGCUCAUGUACCUGUUGUUGUAUUAGGAGCAACAUUAGGGGGAUUAGCUGCUGCAGUCGCGAUUAGAUCGCGUACAGGGAGAGCAGUCUGUGUCUUAGAUAUACAGCAGCAGCAGCAGCAGCAGGAGGAAGAAGAGCAGCAGCAGCAGCAGCAACAGCAGCAAGAAGAAGGUGAAUUAUGCCUUCUUUCUGCUAGGUGUAUGGAUGCCUUACGUGCAAUUAAUCAUGAUUUAUAUAGAUCUGUUAUUGCUGCUAGUAAGGAAGAGAAUAAUUAUAUUUCUUCUCGCUGCAGCAGCAGCAGCAGCAGCAAGAACAGCAGCAGCAGCAGCAGCAGCAGCAGCAGCAGCAGCGAGGUCCAAGUAUGCUUAUCUGCUGCUGCACUUAAGCAGCUACUAACAGAGCAACUAACAAGAAGCUCAGGGGGGGGAACUUCUUGUUUAUGGUUAUGUGGUCAGCUGCAGCAGGUAUGGUCAGCAGCAACAGCAGCAGCAGCAACAGCAGCAACAGCAGCAGCAGCAGCAGCAGCAGCAGCAGCAGAGGAGGAGGAAGAAGAAAAGAUUUACCUAAAAUUAGAGGGAGGAAUUAUUAUACAAACAAAUCUUCUUGUUGUUGCUUCUGAUCAAAUACCCAUCACACAUCUACUUGAUAUACAGGAGGAGAAUGGGUACGAGAAGUCUCCUCUUCCUUUUAUUUCUGCUGAAGAAAUUUCUCUGAUUAAUUUUAAUUAUAAAAAAUUCAACACCAUGAAUUCUAUGACUACUGCCUCCACAGUGACGGGUAGCGAUUCUCCUGGGACAGAAAUUUCUUCUAUUGUUGAAGGAAAGAGCGAAGCAGCAUCCGAAGAUUCUCUUACUACUCGCAGUACAACAUGUUUAUCAACAUUUAUAUCGGGUAUAAAAAAGAGGGGAGAAUUAAAUUAUAAUUCGUGGGUAUUCAUGAAAGGAAAAGUUGUACUCACUGCUGCUGCUGCCCAUCCUUGGGCUUCUGGAUUAUCUGAUGGUCUUGAAUUGGUAAAAUAA